AUGGCAGGAUCAGAAUACAGUGAUGACGAAAUCUACGAAGAAGGUCCAUCAUCGCAAGCGAUUGUGCUGGACGCGCUCCUGACACCAUUCCGCGUGCUCUUCUCCAAAACCGCGCUCCGCAUCUACCUAAACAUCCUCCUCUUCAGCGUCGCAACUGUGGUAUUACUUGGUAUCUCCAGCAUUGCGUAUGGGAUCUUCUACUUCAGGUUCAUCCCAACGGUUGGCGUCGACAGAGAAGGACGGCCAUCCCUGGGGAACCGCCUCAUUCGGCUCUGA